CCAAAGCAAAACCCUAAAGCCCCCAACAAGCGAACACACUCCCGCAAACCCUCUGCUUCACUGUCUGCCUCUUGUCUUGCUUUCUGCGCAUACGAACUUGCCCGCCUCCACGGCACCAAAAAGCAGAAGCCUGUAGCAGCGGGCAGGCAUGGCGCAGUCACUUGAAUUGCUGUUAAUUCAGUUCUUGAUGCCGGACAACGACGCCCGUCGGCAGGCGGAGGAGCAGAUAAAGCGCUUGGCCAAGGAUCCUCAGGUUGUCCCCGCCCUUGUCCAGCACCUUCGCACCGCAAAGACCCCCAAUGUUCGCCAGCUCGCUGCCGUGCUCCUCCGUAAGAAGAUCACCGGCCAUUGGGCCAAGCUUUCCCCUCAGCUUAAGCAGCUCGUCAAGCAGUCCCUCAUUGAGAGCAUAACUAUGGAGCACAGCCCGCCAGUGAGGCGUGCUAGUGCCAAUGUAGUAAGCAUCAUUGCAAAGUACGCCGUGACAGCUGGGGAGUGGCCAGACCUACUGCCAUUUUUGUUCCAAUGUAGUCAAAGUGCCCAGGAAGAUCUUAGAGAAGUGGCUUUGAUCCUUUUCAGUUCCUUGACCGAAACCAUUGGCAACGCAUUCCAACCUUAUUUCGUUGAUCUCCAAGCACUUCUAUUGAAAUGUCUACAGGAUGAGGCUAGUAACCGUGUCAGAGUUGCUGCUCUGAAGGCAGUCGGAUCAUUUCUUGAAUUUACUAGUGAUGGAGAUGAUUUGGUUAAGUUCCGACAAUUUAUUCCCAGCAUUUUGAAUGUAGCAAGACAAUGUCUUGCUUCAGGGGAGGAGGAUGUUGCUGUGAUUGCUUUUGAAAUUUUCGACGAGUUGAUUGAAUCUCCAGCACCCCUUCUUGGAGACUCUGUUAAAUCAAUUGUGCAGUUCGCGCUUGAAGUUUCCUCUAGUCAAAAUUUGGAGUCCAACACUCGUCAUCAGGCUAUUCAAAUAGUUUCUUGGCUAGCAAAGUACAAAUCCAACUCCUUGAAAAAGUAUAAGUUGGUAAUCCCAAUUCUGCAAGUGAUGUGUCCCUUGCUGGCAGAGUCUAACAACUCUAAUGAGGAUGAUGAUCUUGCCCCAGAUAGAGCUGCUGCAGAAGUUAUUGACACAAUCGCAGUGAACCUUCCAAAGCAUGUGUUGCCUGCUAUUUUAGAGUUUUCCUCAUUAAGCAGUCAAGACACCAAUCCAAAAUUCCGCGAAGCUUCUGUAACAGCUUUGGGAAUUGUGUCAGAGGGUUGUGUGGAUUUGAUGAGAGAUAAGUUAGAACCUGUUCUUCAUAUUGUGUUGGGUGCUUUGAGGGAUCCAGAGCAAAUGGUUAGAGGGGCAGCAUCAUUUGCAUUGGGUCAAUUUGCUGAGUAUUUGCAACCAGAAAUAGUUUCUCACUACGAAAGUGUUCUUCCCUGUAUUUUGAAUGCUCUAGAGGAUGCAUCUGAUGAAGUAAAGGAAAAGUCAUAUUAUGCUCUAGCAGCUUUUUGUGAGAACAUGGGUGAAGAAAUUCUUCCUUUUCUUGAUCCUUUGAUGGGGAAGCUACUUGCAGCCCUGCAAAGUAGUCCCCGUAACCUUCAGGAGACAUGCAUGUCUGCAAUUGGUUCUGUCGCAUCUGCUGCGGAGCAAGCUUUCAUUCCUUAUGCUGAAAGGGUCCUGGAGUUGAUGAAAUUGUUUAUGGUACUUACUAAUGACGAGGAUCUGCAAUCCCGAGCAAGGGCUACUGAACUUGUUGGAAUAGUUGCAAUGUGUGUUGGAAGAGGAAGGAUGGAGCCAAUUAUACACCCAUUCAUGGAAGCUGCAGUAUUGGGAUUUGGGCUUGAAUUCAGUGAGCUUCGUGAGUACACACAUGGAUUCUUUAGCAAUGUUGCUGAAAUCAUGGACGAUGGUUUUGCACAGUACCUUCCCCACGUCGUUCCUUUGGCAUUCUCGUCAUGUAAUCUAGAUGACGGCUCUGCAGUGGAUAUUGAUGAAUCUGAUGAUGAAAAUAUCAAUGGAUUUGGUGGGGUUUCAUCUGAUGAUGAAGCACAUGAUGAACCCAGGGUUCGAAAUAUUAGUAUAAGAACCGGAGUGCUGGAUGAAAAGGCAGCUGCAACUCAAGCACUUGGCUUGUUUGCUCUUCAUACAAAGAAUUCAUUUGCACCAUACUUAGAGGAGUCGGUAAAGAUUUUAGUGAAACAUUCAGAGUACUUUCAUGAGGAUGUGCGGCUUCAGGCAGUGAUAUCCUUAAAACACAUCUUGACAGCAGCACAUGCAAUCUUCUGUAAUAGUAAUGAUGGACAAGCAAAGGCAUUAGAGAUACUGGAUAGAGUAAUGAAUAUUUAUAUCAAGACUAUGACUGAAGAUGAUGAUAAAGAAGUUGUGGCACAAGCUUGCAUGAGUGUAGCGGACAUCAUUAAAGACUAUGGCUACAUGGCUGUUGAACCUUACAUGCAGCGGCUUGUUGAUGGAACUCUGACGUUACUUAGAGAGGAGGCUGCUUGUCAGCAACCAGAAAAUGAUAGUGACAUUGAUGAUGAUGGUGACACUGCACAUGAUGAAGUCCUUAUGGAUGCUGUUUCAGAUCUUCUUCCAGCAUUUGCAAAGGCCAUGGGUCCUCAUUUUGCUCCUAUUUUUGCAAAGCUCUUUGAACCUUUAAUGAAAUUUGCGAAAAGCUCACGUCCUCCACAAGACCGUACUAUGGUGGUUGCAUCCCUUGCUGAAGUUGCACAAAACAUGGGUGCACCUAUAGGAGGCUAUGUCGAUAGGUUGAUGCAUUUAGUGCUAAAAGAAUUAGCUUCAUCAGAUGCAACAAACAGGAGGAAUGCUGCAUUUUGUGUUGGCGAGUUAUGCAAAAAUGGAGGAGAAUUAUCUGUCAAGUAUCCUUAUGCAUUCCUGGACAUUUUAUUCACCUUCAACUUCCUUGCAACUUAUACUGAAUACAGGCCUGAUGGUUUUGGGUGGCUCUGCGGAGGCAGAUUACAUGAGAUAUUAUUUAGCAUUUCGUUCUUUUAGUAACAAUCUUCUACAAGACAGUUGCCGGAUGCAAGGAUAACAAUAGGAGAUAACUUUACCCCGUGGCUGGGUUUAUCAUUUUCAUUUGUUCCCUUACAUCAGCGCCAGGUACUACGGUGAUGUAUUGCGUGGACUGUAUCCAUUAUUUGGGGAUUCAGAACCUGAUAAUGCAGUCAGGGAUAAUGCAGCUGGUGCAGUAGCAAGAAUGAUAAUGACCUAUCCCCAGUCUAUCCCGUUGAAUCAGGUUCUUCCUGUUUUACUGAAAGCUCUUCCAUUAAAAGAAGACCACGAAGAAUCCAUGGCUGUCUACAGUUGUAUAUCAACUCUUCUUUUUUCAUCCAAUCCACAGAUCCUUGCAGUGGUGCCGGACUUGGUUAAUGUUUUCGCACAAGUUGUGGUGUCCCCAGUGGAAAGUCCUGAAGUUAAAGCUGAAAUCGGCAGAGCGUUCUCACACCUAGUUUCUCAAUACGGCCAGCAAAUGCAGCCGCUAUUGAGCAACCUAUCACCUGCACAUGCUAAUGCUUUAGCUGCAUUUGCCCCUAGAAGCUGAUCCGUUAAAGGUGGGCCAGAUUGGCGUAAAUUCUUUCUUCUUUGCUGCACCUCCAGUUAAUGCAGUUUGCACAUGGCACUUGGCUUGCUGCAUCCAUGGCAGUGGGAAACCUGCUUUUUUACAAGGCCUAGUAUCUGCUAGUUCUUCAGUUUUCAUAUUUGUUCAUCAACUUUGCUCUUCAUGGCAUUCAAUUUAUCACAUCUUUGUGAUUCGCCGAUUUUUGUUUCGUGGUGUUGCUUUCCCGUGCAAUUCUCUUAUGGGUCAGUUUAUAGCGUCAUCCAUACAGCUGGUGUUCAAUGGAUUUGGUAUUUCGGUUGAGGGGUUUCUGAGAUGUUGAGCGUUGGGCAGGGAUGAUUGAUGAAAUGGGAGAAAAGGCGUUGAGCCUCUGUACACACAAAUACACACUCUGCUCUAUUGUUUUCAUAUAGUUGGAAUAUGCAUAAUUCUUUUUUGAGAUUGAUUCCGUUGAAGAAGUUGAAGUUCAUAUAAUCCUUUUCUAUGUUUACUACACAGUAACCCCUUUGAAGAACGACUUGAUGUAAUCUUCUGGACCUUUAGAAUUCAAUCAGGCUACUCUGACUGUAAGGACUGUUUAGCGGAAUUGCCUAGAAUUUUUUAAUUUUGCACGUUGC